AUGUCAGGGUGGAGCUCAUAUGGAGCUUUCUACAGCGAUGGGGAGAUCAGCAUCUGCAUGGAGCACAUGGAUGGAGGCUCUCUAGAUCAAGUGUUGAAAGAAGCCAAAAGGAUUCCUGAGGAGAUCUUGGGGAAAGUCAGCAUAGCGGUUCUGCGAGGUUUGGCCUAUCUAAGAGAGAAGCAUCAGAUCAUGCACAGAGAUGUGAAACCUUCUAAUAUCCUGGUCAAUUCCCGGGGAGAGAUAAAGCUAUGUGACUUUGGGGUUAGCGGUCAGCUCAUUGAUUCCAUGGCAAACUCCUUUGUGGGGACUCGAUCCUACAUGUCUCCUGAGCGGUUGCAGGGCACUCAUUACUCAGUUCAAUCCGACAUCUGGAGCAUGGGUCUCUCCCUGGUGGAGCUGUCUAUCGGAAGGUACCCAAUCCCCCCACCAGACUCCAAGGAACUGGAAGCGAUAUUUGGCCGUCCCAUGGUCGAUGGGGCAGAGGGAGAACCUCACAGCAUCUCACCGCGGCCCAGACCCCCCGGGCGCCCUGUCAGUGGCCAUGGAAUGGACAGUCGGCCUGCGAUGGCUAUCUUCGAACUGCUGGACUAUAUUGUUAAUGAGCCUCCUCCUAAGCUGCCGAAUGGAGUUUUCACACAAGACUUCCAGGAGUUUGUAAAUAAAUGCUUAAUUAAAAAUCCAGCAGAACGGGCAGAUCUGAAGAUGCUGAUGAAUCACGCCUUUAUCAAACGCUCUGAAGUGGAAGAGGUGGAUUUUGCAGGCUGGCUAUGUAAAACGCUGCGGUUAAACCAGCCCAGCACCCCCACCCGCACUGCCAUGUGACGGCAAAGCAAACUGCCUUGUGUCCAUACAUCUGCCUGUCUGUCACCGUUUCCAGCCCUUCAGUAGAAGACAGAACCACCCUCCUUCCUCCCCCAUCCCCUUCCCACCCUGCUCCUAAAUGGCAAAGCACCAUCAUUUUGGGAAA